AUGUCAAUUCCGGGAUUUGGCGGUACUGACAUUGCUAUAGAUGACGAAUCAUCUCUAAAGUCAAUAAAUAUUCCACCUAACCACGAAUGGCGAAUAGAAGUGCCGUUUAAAAAGACUUUGAAAUUCAAAGUAUUACGGGGCAUUUUAGAAAUCAAUGGCACGGAAUUAGCCACUAAUGUCGAGAUACAAUUAUCCGGAGUUAAGUGUGCCUUGUACUCAGCUAGUAAAGAAGAAUCUGCAGUAGAGUAUCAGGUUCUUACAAAUAAGGACCAAACUAGAUUUUUGUCUUCUGAAGAUGACGAGUUCACCGAAUAUAUCAGUGGUGAAACCAAUAUGGACUCUGUGAUCAACUUAACCAUGUACAUUGAAUCGCGGAGGCAGAUUGCCAAGGAUCUAAAUGAUCCUAAUGUUUUGGGACCAAGAGUAUUGGUUAUUGGUGCUAAGCAUUCGGGAAAAACGUCACUAGUCAAGACCUUGUGUGCAUAUGCUGUGAAACUAAAUGAGUGUCCCAUAUUGGUAAAUUUAAAUCCACAAGAUGGAGUUUUCGCCCUACCGGGUUCAUUAUCGGCGACACCCGUGCUGGAUUUUUUUGAUGUUGAAAGUGUUAAUGGGUAUGGUAUGACCAGUACUACGACGGGCACGUUGGUCAAUAGCACACCGAAACAACCAUUAGUUAAAAACUUUGGGUUUUUGGAUAUUGGAGAUAAUAACAAAUUGUUUGAUUAUCAAAUUGAUAAAUUGGGGAUAUGCGUGUUGAGUAAAUUAGACAGCGACGUUAAAUGUAGGAGUAGCGGUGUUAUCAUUGAUACUCCGCCGCUCAGUAUCAAGGAUUUCAGCACCAUAUCUUCCAUUAUUGCAGAUUUCAAGGUUGAUUUAGUGGUGGUAUUGGGAAAUGAAAAAUUAAAGAUUGAUUUGGAAAAAAAAUUACUGCAUAGAAUUAGCAAUAAUGGACUAAGUAUCAUCAAGAUCAGCAAGCUGCCUGGUGUUGUUGAAUUGAAUGACCAAUUUAUUAGAAUGACUCAAGAACAAACAAUAAGGGAGUAUUUCAAUGGAAAUUUCAAGAAUAGAUUAUCUCCUUUCAAGACGGAAAUUGAUAUCACAGGGUUAUCGAUAUAUAAAGGGGUUGUAACGAAAGAUUUGGAAUCUUCUUUGGCCUUUUUACCAGAAGGUGACGACUUUGAGCAUGAUGCGGAUGGCGAAGCAAAUGAUGAAUUGAAAGAAUAUUAUCAAGUUUUAGAGACGCCAUUCUCCUCUAACUUGGAUAAUUCAAUAAUCGCCGUAUCACAUUUGGCACAAGAACAUAGCGGCAAUUUAAGUGUUGGUGGUGGUGGUGGUAGUGUAAUGGGGAAGGAAUUGUUAAACUCCUCGGUGUUAGGAUAUGUGCAUGUUUCAAAAGUUGAUGACGAUAAAAAGAGAUUAAAGGUUUUGUUACCAUUCCCAGGCGUGUUUCCUAGAAACGUGUUGAUCUCUACAAAUAUAGGAUAUAAUGAAUAA